AUGUCCUCCACGUCUCAGCCCGACCCAGCCAGCCAUCGGUGCAUGCGUCCUUUAGCCAUGAUAGGCCGCGGUAGACGCCUAGCUUGUUGCUCGGCUGUCCUAACUGGCUUUGUGCCGCAGGGCCUCUCAAAAGCACUUGCCAGUCCGGCAUGUGGCCUAGUCGGCGGCUCCUACUUACUUCAUACACACAUAGACAGACUCAAAGACGGCUGGGCGGGCAGACAGGCAGGCGGAUGUAUGGACAUCCUGCGAAUAAGGACAGAGCCCAGCUCAUGCUUGGCCUCAUUGCUACGUUUACCUUUUCGACCAGAGACAUGGUGGUUGGCUUGA